GUACUUCCGGUUUGAGAAUCCAGGGAGUGAAAGCGUGGGCUUUGUUGUAUUGUUUAUAGCGGUAAACUAUUGUUUCCCGAAAACUUGCUGUGACGGUUUGUGAAAAUGAGUGGCGGGGUGUAUGGCGGAGACGAGGUUGGAGCGCUGGUGUAUGAUUUAGGGUCUCACUCCAUUCGAGCUGGCUAUGCAGGAGAGGAUUGUCCUAAGUUUGAGAUGCCCUCCCAGGUGGGCAUCGUGGAGGACAUUGAGAUUUCCAUGGACAUGGAUGAGUCUAGCAUUGGCAAACAACCAGAGAAGAAGUACUACAUUGACACACCCACCAUGAAAGUCGCCCGCAAGGGGAUGGAGAUCUCUAGCUUUCUCAAUGAUGGAAUGAUUGAAAACUGGGAAAUAUUUGAGAAGGUAAUGGAUUACUCGUUUGCCAAACAGAUCAAGUCAGAAUCACAACUACACCCUGUGAUGAUGUCAGAACCGGCCUGGAAUGUGCGAGGGAAAAGAGAGAAAUUGACAGAAUAUAUGUUUGAAAGGUACAAUGUACCAGCUUUCUUCUUGUGCAAGAAUGCAGUGUUGUCUGCUUUUGCUAAUGGCCGCUCCACAGGCCUCAUCCUGGACAGCGGAGCCACCCACACGUCUGCCAUUCCGGUGUAUGACGGCUAUGUCUUCCAGCAAGCCAUUGUUAAGUCUCCAUUAGCAGGAGAUUUUAUCACAAUAGAAUGCCGUAAGCUGAUGGAAGAAGCUGGAGUGGAGGUGGUGCCAGCUUACCAGAUACAGAGCAAGGAGGCUGUAAAGGAUGGAGACAUGCCGAAAUGGAAGAAGAAAGACCUUCCUGAGCUUCCUAAAUCUUUUCACAACCUUAUGGUCAAAGAUGUCUUACAGGACUUUGCGGCGUCAGUUCUUCAGGUUUCAGAUACUCCCUAUGAUCAAAGUACUGCCGAGUCCAUGCCCACUGUUCACUUCGAGUUCCCAAAUGGUUAUAACAAGGACUUUAGUGAGGAGAGGUUCAAAAUAUGUGAAGGUUUAUUUGACCCAUCCUACAUACGGGAUAUUUCUGGAAACAAUACGAUGUUGGGUGUUGGUCAUGUGGCCACUACAAGCGUGGGCAUGUGUGAUAUUGAUGUCAGACCAAGCCUCUACAGCAGUGUUAUAGUUGUAGGAGGAAAUUCUUUACUCAGUGGCUUCACAGACCGUGUUAAUAGAGACUUGAGUACGAAAACACCACCCAAUAUGCGUUUAAAGAUCAUCUCAGCCAGUGGUAGCACAGAGAGGCGGUUCAGCAGUUGGAUUGGAGGCUCUAUUCUCGCAUCAUUGGGAUCCUUCCAGCAGAUGUGGAUAUCCAAGCAGGAGUACGAGGAGGGUGGGAAAGGCUGUGUGGAGAGGAAGUGCCCAUGAGAACUUAGUCUGAGCCAGCUACUAGACAUUAGACAUUAUCUGGUAGGGUGGGAAAAUGCUACCCUCGCUGGACUGGCCAGACGGGCAAUCUGCCAUUGUGUUUUCAUCUUCUCAUAUCAACUCAUCAAUGAGAGGACAUCAUCCAGAAACUGUCCUUUUACCACAAUUAUUGAGCUCAUUCUUAUCAUCUUAAUCAUCCCAUCAAAAAUGUCAUCCAAAUCAUCGCAUCAAGCUUAUGAAGUUUCAUCUCACUGCAGGACUUAAUCAAAUAUAAUAGGGAUGGGCAGUGGGCUGUGCUGAGACAGUGGUGGGAAAUCUGAUCAGACAUGCCCCAAUUCACAAUUCAAGUUGGAAGAAGAGACAGGAAGACUAUGAUAAUUACAUGCAUGAAAAUAGAGGUUGGAGAUCAUCUUCCGUAGAUAUUUUUGGAAUCUCGUGAUUUCAGGAGUGCAGGAGGGUAUUCUCAGAGUCAGUCAUUAUUUUUUCACCACUGUCUGCCCAGUGUUCUCCAGCCAUAAACCUGACACUGUAUGUUUACACAUUACGUUAUGAAGUUUGAGCCUCAACAAAUUCCAAAAAGUUCAUUUUUAAAGCUUUGAGGUAUAAGAUUACAUUAUCUUGAUCUUUUCUCGCUAUGAUAUAGCCGCAAUAUUAUCAACAUGGCAUUAAUCCAUAGUCUGUCAAUCAGUCAG